AUGGUGAGGCAUUUACUCAGGAAAGAGCAGGUGGCUGAGGAAUUGAGAGACUCCGAGGGAUGGACACCAUUAUCCUGGGCUGCGCAAAAUGGUUAUGACGUGGUAGUGAAGCUGUUACUUGAAACUGGGCAGGUGGAUGUGGAUUCGAAGGACAGUGAAUGUCGUACACCAUUUUCUUGGGCUGCGAAGAAUGGAUACGAGUCGGUGGUAAAGCUCUUACUUGAGACCGGGCAAGUGGAUGUGAACUCGCAGGACAAUGAAAAUUGGACACCAUUAUCCUACGCCGCGCGGGAAGGACGUAAGGCGAUAGUGAGACUUUUACUUGAGAUAAGUCAGGUGAAGGUGGACUCGAGGGACUAUUUCGGCUGCACACCGUUGUCUUUGGCCGCAAGAUAUCGCCACGAGGCGGUGGUUAAGUUAAUAAUUGAGACAGUCCAGGUUGACGUGGACUCGGAGGACACGCUAGCUCACCCAGUCUUAUUCCGGGAGGCUAAGCUUCGAUAUGAGGAGGUGAUGAAGCUAUUACCUGAAACAGGGCAGGUGGAUAUGGCUUUGAUGGACUAUGAGGGUUGGACACCAUUGUUUUUAGCCGUACUUGAACGUGAGGGAAUAGUGAAGCUAUUACUUGAGAAAGACCAGGUGGACGUGGGCUCGGACAACACGUUGUCCUAUGCUGCGAAAUUUGGACGUACGGCGGUGGUGAAGUUAUUACUAGAGACAGGCCAGAUUGGCGUGGACCCGAAGAACCCCAGAGGUCUCAUACCACUAUCCCUGGCUGCGAAGCAUGGAUAUGAGGCGGUGAUGAAAAUACUACUUGGGACUUGGCCCAGGCAUCCAUAA